AUGGAUACGUUCAGCGACUCUGGAGCCUCUGACUUCGACAUCUUCAUGGAUGACGCUGACGAUGAGCUACCGUCUCCUCCUCCCCCUGAUGGUGUCGACGACUUUAUUGACGAGGACUUGGACGCGAUGGACGAGGAAUCUGACUGGGAUGACACUUCGAUGCAUCUUGAUGAUUCUGACGAACCCCCUGCUGUCGUCGGCUGCAUCGAGGAUCUCGUACUCUCUUUCUUGACUCAGCUAGCGAACCCGGGAUGCCUGAGGGACAAGGGCGACGACUCUGACUGCUCAACAUCCAACAACAAGCGAUCCAAAGCCGACUACAGGAUCGAGCUACAUCUCGCUGAUAGGACAAAGAUCGAUCAGGAUGGGAAUCAGUCGACGAAAACACUUAAAUACCCUAGAAAGUGCAAAACAGGCAGCGCAAAAGCGUUCGCGCAACUCUUUCGGGUCCUUGACCUCGCUCAUGAAGCUACCUUGAGCGGCGUUCCAGCAACUAAACGUGACAUUUACUACAAAGACGUCGGCCUUUUCAAAACGCAGAGAGUGGUCGACGGGCUCGUCGAUGACCUUGCGGCUACGUUUGAACUUGAACGCUCAGAUUUGAACAUCAGAUCGUCUUCCAAGGGACUUGUAUGCGGAUCCGGAUUCGCAAUCAGUCUCUUGUCUGGUGACACGAUUUCCUGCAACGACACCGAGGGAGCUCUCAUCCCGGCUGGAGAAGAUAUAGAAACUUUCAGCGUCGAGGAAGAUGUUCAAUGGGUCCUUGUUGUCGAAAAAGAGGCUGUCUUUCAAACGCUCUGUAGACUGCGAACAUCGCAGCACGAACUUAUGCCUGGUCGUGGCAUCGUCAUAACAGGCAAAGGCUAUCCCGACGUUGCGACCAGACAUCUUGUAAAGUCCCUCGCAAACGCUCUCCCUUCAACGAUACCCAUACUCGGCCUAGUGGACGGCGAUCCUUACGGUCUUGAUAUCUUGUCUGUUUACAAGUACGGCAGCAAGGGAAUGCAGCACGAGAAUGACAAGUUGGCCGCCAGAAGAAUCAAGUGGGUUGGAAUCUUGGCCAGCGAACUUGCUAGCCUCGGAAUCGACAAGGGGUGUCUCCUCCCGAUCACAGUGCACGACGAAAAGAAGGCAAUUUCGAUGCUGCGACGAACAGACACCCCUCUACCGGGGAGGUGGAAGAAGGAGCUGCAGCACAUGCUGCAUACUCGUCGCAAAGCUGAGAUCGAGAUCCUGACAAGUGUCCAAUCCGAGGAGAAAAUGGCUGUCUCUGUUCUGACGUCUGAUUCGACGUUUAAUGGCGAUGCAGCCUGUGAAGAAAACGACGUCAGUGCUGCGAAUGUGCACGAAGACAACCAAGACCUUUUGCUCUUCGACGACGAAGAUUUGCUAUCCCCUACCUGCUCCGCGUACCCCACGCAAUGCACCAUCUCGAUACCCCAGUUCGGGGACGGUAACCCUUGUGCUCCAUAUGCGCAGUUGUUCUCCUUUUUUACUGGAUCGCCCAAUGCGGAUCUACAAGGAUGCCACGUCGUGAACGCAGCCCACUCACGCAAGGACGAAACUACGGCUAAGGAGAUCGAGGAAUUCUUGACGAAAUUUUGUUUCGACGGUCUUGAACCCUUUAAACUUGAUGGGGUCGCCAACGGCAUUUUAUUGGAAGGGUCAUAUCACCGCCAUUGGGACGUUUAUGGCACAAUCUGUUUCGUGCCUCCUCUAGAGCAACUACAGAAAAUCAAGGGGGUGUUACAAUCGGCGAACCGGGGCUGGCAGAACAGGACUGACUACGAAAGGAAGUCUGUCCCUCGUCAGCUUUCCAAGGGUGAUUUUGGAGUCAUCUCAUGGCAGGCUCUCGUUCUACACCCACAGGCGCUGCUUCCGUACAACCAGCCUCUUCCGAUCUUGACGAAUCCGCCGCUUGUACAUUCUGGUCAGACUCCCGCCAGCUCCGGUCGUGUUUGGAAAAUCGUCCUCCUUCUUUACAUGUCACUCUGCGUACGCCCGAAGAAGGUAAUCUCGAUCCUCGCAAUGUUGAUCAAUGCUCAAUCCAAAAUCGACCACGCGUGCAACACGCCUGGCUACCCGAGGACCGCGAUUGUUGAACAAUACCACAAAAUUCUCACUGCUACUCUUUCCGAGAUCUUUUUCGAGCCGACGGUCCCACCUCAACUCGCGGCUUACGACCAAAGAUCAGCUCAGGAUAUUGGAAUCGAGGCGAAUACACCCUCUGGCAGAGGCUCAGGACAGGCUUCAACUAGUACCUCUCCGGACGUCACUGCCCUGGCUUCGCAGACGCUUUCUAUUCAUGACGAUAUAGAUGAUAUCGCACACCCCGAGCAGGAGGACGAGGAUGACGAGGAUGACUUAACAGAGUCUGAAGUGGGCCAGAUGAUCUCGAAGCUGAGAGACCCUCGUACCGGAGCAAAGGAUAUGUCUGCUCUCGUCCAGCUGCUGGCUCGCGGGAAAAGACCGUACGAGUCGCCUGAGCCGCCAGGAAUCGAUUACCUUUAG